ACUGCAUCAUAGGAGAGCCAACUGCCCCCAAAGAAAUCGUCAGUUGGUACCAACUGCCCUAGAGAGACACAAGCUGGAGGAGGAUGGGCUUGUUUUUCUCAUCGCCGAGUUGCUCCUCGGAGCAAAUUUUAACAACAUAUUCACCUGAUUUUUCUUCUAAUCAUCAAAAUGUAACUUCUCAGGCUCGUGAAAAGCGUUCUGUGGCUUGUCAGACUGAUGGGGAUCCUGGUGUGACUCAGCCAGCUAUUGAGCAGCUGUCGGUUGUGGAUCCAUAUUGGGAGGUGCUGGACCCCAAACCCGAUAUCCACGCCCUAUUUGACGACUUUAAUAAGAGAUUCUUUCGUGGACUGUUGCCGCCAAGUGACCUUAAAUGGAGUAACAGGUUAUGCAUCACUGCGGGAAUUUGCAUCCAAGAUAAUAUAAGUGGAAAAUGCAGAAUUCGCCUGAACAAACCUCUCCUUGAUUUACGGCCAAGGAAAAAUACAGUGGAAACGCUCCUGCAUGAAAUGAUCCACUACUACCAGCGAGUCAGAGGAACAAGUGAUAUAGAUCAUGGCGCAACCUUUCAUUUUCACAUGGAGCGAAUCAAUAGAGAAAGUGGCGCAAAUAUUACGGUCUAUCAUGAUUUCGAUCGAGAAUACGAGUCACUGAAGCGCCACUGGUGGAAAUGCAAUGGUCCCUGUGCACAAGUAGUGAGGCGGCUUGCGGACAGGACUCCGGGCUCCAAGGCGCACAAGCGCAAAUGCGGAGGAGAAUUUAUAAAGGUCCGAGAACCAAAGAGAAUGAGAACUGGCCUAUAGAAUCACUUCAGGAAUAUUCUUGAGACUUUCUAUUUGGCUAAUAACAGUUUUGCCAGGAAAUAAGGCCGUGGCCCAAGAAUGCCCAGCACUGAGUUAUGGAAAAUGAGAGGCUGCUAUCCAGAUAGGCAAUGUGGGAGGCUAUUGCUACGGGCAGAACUGAAAUGAACCCCCAAUGGGCCAAGAAAAUGCCAA